AAAUCAAAGUCCCGAAGAAUCCCAAAAGAAGAAAAGGAAUAGAAAAGGGAGUUCGCGGCAGGACGAAAAUAGUUCUUGAAAAUGAAUCCCUUCCGGCCGAGGCAGCAGCACGAGCAGCCGCAACAACAGCAUGGAGGAUCGGAGCGUAUGCCGGGCGAUCGGGAGCCUGAGGUGGACCGCUCAGUGCACCGCCGCCUGCGGGAUGCCCGGAUUCCGGCGGCAGGCACAGCAACGGUAGCACCCGGAACCGGAGCCAUUGGUACCGGCCCUGGACCGGAAAUGCUUGCCGAAGCGGAAAUCAGACCAGUAGCAACACCAGUGGCGACUAUGGGAGGUGGAAUAGUUCCGGUUGGAAUGGGAGCCGGAACCGGAGCUGGCAUUGGAGCGGCAGCAGUGCGAUUACGUCACAACCACCAUCAUCCGCCCGAUGUGGAGCGCUUCAUGCUCAACCUGAGGAUCCUGUUGCUCCGGCAGAGUGCCGGCUUCAAUAUGGGCGCUGGCGAUGGCGUGUUCGUGUGGAAUUGGCGGGAACCGGCCAUGGCCACCGGGCAGAUGGGCGAAGGCGAUGGCGACGUCGAGGACGAGGACGACGACCUGGAGCUGGCGACAGUGGGAGCGGUGCUACCUCGUAUUUAAAAAAAAGAAAGAAAAAGACUAUAAAAUUCUCGCACCAACUUCAUAGACUAUACUUUCGCUCCACUUUCUAGUCUAUUCAUGGAAAAUACUUUCCCCAAAAAAUGGUCUAUCUCUUUUAGAACCAGACCCCCGCCAAGCUCUGUGUUCCAGUGUGUCUCGUUCUUUUUAUUUCUUUACCGGUUCCCAGUAAACCGCUACCCGUUCAUCCAUUAUCCAGAGUCGCAUGCGUCCACAUACAUCAUAGAUACG